CUUUGACCCAGAACUUUGUCAGCAGUGAAAGUGUAGCCGAUUGCAAGUUCAUGAUUUAGCAGCUAUCGCAAUGAAACUCUUUUUGAUAUUGGGUCUAUUGUGCGUGGGGAUCCAUGGUGAGAAGAAGAUCAACUUGGAGGACAUAGAGAGGGACAAUUUGAGAGCGGAAGACGUAUCACAACCGGGCAACACGCGAUCCGAAGAACCAAAGUAUUCUCCAAAACCGGAAAUUGGCCAGCAACAGUAUCAAAUACAAAAUCAAUACAAUGGACCUCCUAAUUCUCAAGUCGCCUACGUGACACCGUCGUCGGUCCCAUCGGAAACGUACGUUCGAGCCGGAAGUUACGCUACGAAAGAACAAGCUUACCAGCAGCAAAAUAACAUCCUACAGGAACAGAUACAAUCGCCGCGAUAUUACAACGAAUACCAGCAACAGUCGUUCGCUGCGAAAGGAAUCGCGCCAAAUAUCUACGAAACGCAACAAUUGGUUUACCAACCGGAAGUGAACGUUGGCAAUCAACUGCAGUCCACUCAACAGAAGACGAUUACGGCGAAGUAUUCGAAAAACGUGAACAAAGACACAGUUUACAUCGACAUUCCCGUGAUGCACCUUCUGGCUUAUUACCCGAAUUUAGAUGUGCACAAUGGUAAAAACAAUGGAUUCCUGGUGCCUCAAUUCAACACAAGAGAACACAUAUCCAUACCUGUGUACACCUCUGCGCUGAGUCAGAAGCCAAUUGUCCCAGCGAAGCCGAGUUACCAGGUUCAAUACGCUUCGAAAUAUAAUUCAGUCGCUCCUUCUGCAUUCACGACCAAGAUAACAAAAGGAACAGCGUAUACCACUCCUGUCACCUCCAAAAAAUUUACUAAUUCUCCUUUGACAAAUGUGCCAACGUACCUGUCCCCGGAUCAAUCGUACGCUCAAGGAAGACAAUUCUUGUACACCCAAGCGUACAUCGCUCCUUCUCAGUCUCAAUACGUCCCCCAGUUUGUCUACAGUCAACCGACAACGGUUUACAUGCACGCCACGCCGGUUUACAGUGACAUUUACGCUCGUACGCCCACCUACGUCCAAGACAACGCUUUGCAAGCCGGCUCCAAGUACAAACCUUCCAGUGAUCAGUUGGAUACCGGUGUUCCAGUCGCUGACGAGCUAGCCGGUCAAGUUCUAGUACAGCAGACCAGUCAGAGCGUGUCACAGAACUACGUCAAGGAUCUCGGUGAACCAAGUACCGAUUUGGUGCCACCUCAAGCAGCUGCGCAAAAUUUUCAAUCAGCACCCUUACUGCCAGUUUCGUCGCAGGAAGAGGAAUCUGUUCCAGAUCAGAAUCACGUAGGCCUGUCUGAACCCAGAUCCUUAUUGGAUUCGUACGUUCCAAGUAAAUUAAUUGCGGCGCAAGAUUCUGCAAGAUAUCAGGAGAGGCCGAUCAAAUUGGAAGGAGGAUUUCUGCCUUCGAAAGAGAAUUUUUUGUACAAGAAACGUAAAACUGAUUAAUUAGUACGGUAUCUUUUCACGUGGCAAUCGAUGGACGUCGAGCAGGAUGGUCACUAGGGUGGCCGACACUGUACAAGGAAAUCUCGACGUUCAAGAUAUUUGCAAUUGACCGUGAAGAUAUGCCGCCGUCACUGUAGGAGGCACGAUCGCAUCUAGUCUUUCAUCGAGAAUCGUCAAACGACAAGCGUGAACGUCCUGCUUAUGUACCAUUAUAUGCUUUGUUAGCUUUUCGUUUUCUAACGAUCGAUGAGUGUACGUUUUGUAUGUUUUUUAAAUAAACAUUUAAUCAAAAA